GGGUUAUAAACAACUCAAAAAUUAUUUUCCUUUCUUUUUUUGGCUUUUAUUAGAUGUAGAAUUAAGAGUUUUAUGCUUUAGUCAAAUAUAGUUGUUAGAUUAAUUUAAAAAAAGCCAUGUUUCGAGCGUUAGCUUGGGUUUUUGAAUAUUUCCUGACUAGAUUACAAAUUCAGGGUUAUGCGACAAAUAUCGCAGCCCUCCAGGUUCAGCCGUCACCUUCCUGGAAGAACAAGGUCAAACAAAUGGAGGUAGAUGAAAAGGCCUCAAAGGGAGAAGGGUUCAAACCGUACUACAUAACAAAAAUAGAGGAGCUGCAGUUAAUCGUCGCUGAAAAAAGCCAGAAUCUGCGCCGGUUGCAGGCUCAGCGAAAUGAACUUAACGCUAAAGUUCGAAUGCUCAGGGAGGAACUGCAGCUCCUUCAAGAACAGGGUUCCUAUGUGGGCGAAGUAGUAAAACCUAUGGAUAAGAAGAAAGUGCUUGUCAAAGUCCACCCAGAAGGAAAAUUUGUUGUCGACAUCGACAAAAAUAUUGACAUCAAUGAUGUCACGCCAAAUUCAAGAGUUGCACUUCGUAAUGAAAGCUAUACUCUCCAUAAGAUACUCCCGAACAAAGUCGACCCUCUCGUCUCCCUCAUGAUGGUAGAGAAGGUGCCAGAUUCAACGUACGAAAUGGUAGGAGGCCUUGACAAGCAAAUCAAGGAGAUCAAAGAAGUCAUAGAAUUGCCGGUUAAACACCCAGAAUUAUUUGACGCUUUGGGUAUAGCUCAACCCAAAGGGGUUUUGUUAUACGGACCACCUGGAACUGGAAAAACACUUUUGGCGAGGGCAGUCGCUCACCAUACAGAAUGUACAUUUAUUCGUGUUUCUGGAUCAGAACUUGUUCAAAAGUUCAUUGGUGAAGGUUCAAGGAUGGUGAGGGAACUUUUUGUUAUGGCAAGAGAGCAUGCACCGUCUAUUAUAUUCAUGGAUGAGAUUGAUUCAAUUGGAUCAUCCCGUAUUGAAUCGGGCAGUGGAGGAGAUUCCGAAGUCCAACGGACAAUGUUAGAACUUCUAAAUCAACUCGAUGGUUUUGAAGCAACCAAAAAUAUUAAAGUAAUUAUGGCAACAAACCGUAUUGACAUCUUGGAUCCAGCUUUGUUGAGACCUGGAAGAAUUGACCGAAAAAUCGAAUUCCCACCACCAAACGAAGAAGCCAGACUUGACAUCCUUCGUAUCCACUCGAGGAAAAUGAAUCUGACUCGAGGCAUUAACCUGAGAAAAAUUGCUGAGUUAAUGCCAGGCGCUUCUGGUGCUGAGGUCAAGGGCGUGUGCACUGAAGCAGGGAUGUACGCACUCAGGGAAAGGCGAAUACACGUGACCCAGGAGGAUUUUGAAAUGGCUGUUGCCAAAGUAAUGCAGAAAGAUUCUGAAAAGAACAUGUCCAUCAAGAAAUUAUGGAAAUAAAAUAAGCUUAAAUGUACAGGCUUUGUUGUAUGGUCUAAUUUACUACUAUUGUAUUUAAUAUAAGAAUAUUAUAAAAAUUUAUUAAAAGAUUAUCUCACCA